GAGCUUAAACACAUCAAUUUUCUGGUCCGUACUGUAUACAUCACUGCUAACAUGUGCCUCUGAAAUAGGUUUGUACAAAAGUGAAAACGGAUAAAAAUAUGUCACACGAGGAGACAUCGGACUUUGUUGGUGACAUACAGCAUAUGACACCAGACGAUCAAGAGCUCGAGGCAUGUCAGUUUCAUACCGGACAGACAUUUACAGCAAGCUGUAGCCAAUGUGAUCAGCUAGUUUGUCUAAAAUGUAUAGUAUCAACUCACAAAGGUCACACUUUCGAAGAUUUAUCCGAUCUACACGAAGUUUGUAGUAAAAUGAUUCUGCAAAUCAAAGACGAAAAGAUAGAAAAAAAGAUGGCGGUUUUGUUAAAAGAAAGUGAAAGCGCAGAAAAGAGUGUAAAAAAGAUACAGGAAUUAAACAGCCUCACUGAAUCUGAAAUUCAAGGUCAUUACUUAAGCUGUAAGGAGAGGCUUGACAGAGAUAGGGACCAACUUUUACUGAUUUUGGAAUCAGAUCUGAAAAAAGCAGAAGAAAGACAAAAGAAGGUCUUAGAAAACUUAUCAGGCACGCGGAAGGACUUGCAGAAUAUUGUAAAUGUGCAAAAGGAUGGGAAUAUGGUUAGAAAUAUUCAAUUAUACAGAAAACUGCAAAGCAAAUACGAGAAAAAUGUCCGAGGAUCUUUGGAAGAAAAUAAAAUAUCAGCUAGAAAAUCAAAAUUCCUGGCACAGAGUGAACAUUUAAAUAUUCUUGGAGAUUGCCAUGUUGUUCCUGCAUUCGAACUCUACGGCGUUUUUCAGAUAAGUUUGGGGACAAUUUCGACUUUAAGGAACCUGUUAGAGGACGAAACGUGGGUGUCCGGUGUCCAGACCCCCUCAACACUUCGACUUCAUGUCCCACACAGCAAAAAUAAGAGCGCAAUAAAAUAUAAAGUUAACAAAGGAUUCGUGUACAGUCUUGCCUUCACGAAAGAGAACACUGUGGUUUUGAUGACCUUUGUUAGUAUUCACGAAAUACGUGCGUAUGAUGUUCAACACGUCGAUGACAAGGGCGUCGUGUUUGUCGAUACAAGAAAACUUUUUCCCUUGGGUCUGGAAGUAUCACAGAACGGCGACGUAUACGCAUGCGCAAGUGAACGCUAUUCAAAGGACAUGUCUAAAAAUACGGAGAGAGGUAUUCUUCGAAUUUCAAAAACAGGUCAAGUUUUGAACUUUUUCCAGUUCGAAGAGAAUGUUGGGAAAUUCAUAUUUCAUUACCCAUCAUGCCUGACAGAAAACAUUGAUGGAAGUCUGUGUGUUAUUGACCGACAAAGCCAUUUUUCAGGCCGUGUUGUAGCACUUAACACCUUUGGAAAGAAGUUAUUUACAUACGAGCGACCGCCCUCUGUCUCAGCAAAUGAAGAAAUGGACCUAAAAUACAUAACACACGACAAAUUUGGAAACAUCUUAAUCUCCGACUGUAUGAAUAAUCGCGUUCACAUGAUUUCUAAGUCUGGGGUGUUUAUUUCCUUGAUUUUUUGUCCAGAUGAAGAAAUAUCCGUACAACGUCCAGAGGCUCUUCAUGUGGACAUGUUUGACAAUUUAUGGAUCGGAUGUCGAUCACAAAAUCCUAACACCUUAACUUGCCAAGUCAUGAAAAUAAGAAUGAACUUUCAAUGACUGAUUUCUUGUACUUAUGAACGCAUUCACAUUAAGAAAUAUCCAUAUUCUGGGUUUCCUGUGAAUGAAAAGUAAAGAAUUACAUAUUGUCAUACAA